UUACAUUAUAAACACGAUCGCCGUGAAAAUUCCAAGAGAACUCCAGAUUUCCCCCAAUUUAUACCGACUGGAGUAGUAGUGGGAACUAAAAGCGAUGGCCACCUCCGCCGCCGCCCGGCGCCGCUCCUUGAACUCUCUCGGGCCGACCGAAACCCUGGAAAUCGGCAGCGGCCUAGCUCUCGCUCCGCGCGUCAAGCUUCUGCUCACCUUCUUCCGUUCCGAUCCCGCCGUCAAGCCCAUUGACGAGUGGAAGCUCAAGGUCGCUCUUCUCCACUUCCUACGCUCUAACCCCCUCUCCCUCUCCAUUCCCGAUGAAGACCUCCUCCUCCAUCGUCGCCCUGAUCUUCAUAAACGCAAGCGUGACGAACCUGUGGCGACAGGUACCCUCUAUGUCCGUGACUUAGGGUUCCUCAAAGUCAAAAACGAACAAGGGCGGGAAGAGGACGAGCGGGCGCGCAGGAAGAUUUUCUUGGAUUGGCGGAGCUCCUUCGUCGACCGGCUUGCUGGGAUCGAUUUGAACUUGGAGGGCGUCAAGUUCAAAAUGAGCGUUGAGAUCCCGCCUGCGGAUGAUUUUGAGCAACUUAAGAAGUUGUGGGAGGACUGUUAUGCUUCUAAAUUUCUCGAUUCCCGAAGGGGAUUUACUAGGAGGCCAGACACAAUUAUAAUACGGGGUGUUCCUUCCAGAUGGUUGGCUGAGCCAAGAGUAUCAUCGAAGGCCUCAAUGCUGGUCACACAUACCAUUUUUUCCUCGUUGGGAAAGAUAAGGAAUCUUAAUGUUUCUGGGGACAAUAAUCUGGGUAACAAAACAGAAGAAACCAAUGAAAUUAUUUCAGGACUUAACUGCAAAGUCUGGGUUCAGUUUGAAAAUUACGAUGACUUCUAUAAUGCAAUGAAGGUGUUAUGUGGACGAUCAAUGCAGAAGGAAGGGUCACGACUUAAGGUAGACUAUGAGAUUUCCUGGGACCAAGAUGGUUAUUUUAAUGUACAGCAGACUUCCAGAAAUCAUAGGCAGGAUAUGCAAAUCAGUAUACAGGCUACAACAGACAUUGGUUCACGUCGUAAAAGAUUCAGGGAAUAAACCAAACGCUUGGAACUCGAAGCCAGACUGAACUCAAGACGCAGAAGUGGCAAUGUUAUCUUCUUUAGAUUCACUAGUAGAUUGCUUUUGAUCUUAAACCUUAAUCAUCCUUAUUUGCCGUCAAGAGAACAAUUAUUAUUAUUAUCAUUUGAAUGGCUUUUGCAUA